GUUUCAUCGAGGCCUUCAGAGUUUCCCAGCACCAGGGGUUCAUCGGGUGGGUCCAGCCAACUGUCCCGCUGCGUUCGGAUCCGGCGUCAUUCCAGACCACCAACUUUCUUCUUCUCCUCUUCCCUCUGCCGAUUACGACGACUCCAGAAUGGAUUACACCAUGGAAGACACCCAGAACUCGGCUCCUGACGCCCAUGAAGCGUCCAAGCUCAACCCCUCAGCCCAGAGGAACGACAUUCAGGGCGUUACCAAGCGCCUCCAAGCCGAACUGAUGCAGCUGAUGCUCUCCCCCUCCCCGGGAAUUUCGGCCUUCCCAGACGCCGACGGCAACCUCCUCUCCUGGACCGCCACCAUCAGCGGACCUAAUGACACCCCCUACGAAGGCCUCACUUUCCGACUCUCCUUCGCGUUCCCUAGCAACUACCCCUACGCUCCGCCCACCGUCCUCUUCAAGACCCCCAUUUACCACCCCAAUGUCGACUUUUCCGGCCGUAUCUGUCUGGAUAUUCUGAAGGACAAGUGGAGCGCCGUCUACAACGUGCAGAGUGUCCUCCUCAGUCUGCAGAGUCUGCUGGGCGAGCCCAACAACGCGAGCCCCCUUAACGCCCAAGCCGCCGAACUCUGGGACACCAACCAAGAAGAAUACAAGCGCCACGUUCUGGCCCGGCACCGCGACAUCGAAGACAUUGAGUAAACCGCUGUCUAUGAUCGUCCUUUCGGCUGUUCCCGCAGACAUGGAACGGACCGACUUGCAUUGCAUGAGAUCGGGGUCUGUGCGUUUGACUUGGGGGCAACGGUUGCAUGGUGCAUUCUGGCCUUCGUCAGAAGUUAUGAUAUCUUCUUCUUUGCACCGAUGAUUUUCAGGAGUUCAUGGAUUGGGGUGGGUUUCGUUUGGGACCCCGGUUGGAAUGGAAAUACAGGAGCCCCCCGCGUGUCCCGGGAAUAAAUACCCUGCUUUUUCUUGUCGUUGUUCGUGCUGCUGUUUAUUCUUACCUGGCCAUGAUGUUGAGGUUCCUUGAUAGCUUCUUCUACUACAUAGUACAAGGCUGUCACUUGAACAAAGGUAGCUUCAUUUGUAUCUUUUGGAAUAUGGAACUUGUUGAUACUGGCAUAUAAUAAGAUAUGAUAUAAGGAGUACUUUGUUGAUGA